AGGUUUGGUUCCCUAAAGACGGUCAAUGAAUAAUUAUUAAUUAAAUAGUGUGAAAUUUUAAGUUUGAAGAAAUUUUCUUUUCAAUAUGGCGGCCAUAGUUGACGGUUUCAAUUAUGUUUUCUAUGAUUUGUGUGAUACCAGGACACGCGACUGGUUUCCUUCACCAAUUGUGUUGCUCACCAUCUUCCCAACAUAUAUAUAUUUCUCCAACACCUUGGGACCUGCGCUCAUGAAAGACAGAAAACCCUUCAAAUUGAAAAGAGUUAUAUUCUACUACAAUAUCUUCCAAGUUCUUAUUAGCGCUUAUAUAUUUUAUGAGGGAUUACUUUCCGGUUGGCUAAACGGAUACGAUUUGACUUGUCAACCUAUUGAUAUGACUGAAAACCCUCUAUCGACCAGAAUGGCGAAUGCAGUAUGGUGGUACACCGUAGUCAAACUAAUAGAUAUGCUUGAUACAGUAUUCUUCGUUUUGAGAAAGAAAGACAGACAAAUCUCUUUCUUGCACGUUUUCCAUCAUUCUAUGAUGCCCAUAGCGUCUUAUAUUGCUCUUAAAUAUUUCCCGAAUGGUCAUGCAACUCUUCUUGGAGUCAUCAACAGUCUCGUCCACGUUGUGAUGUACACUUACUAUCUGAUAUCAGGUCUUGGACCUAAAUACCAGAAGUACUUGUGGUGGAAGAAGCAUCUCACUACUAUGCAAUUGGUCCAGUUCGGCAUAAUCUUCAUUCACAACUUGUCAGCCAUUUACCAAAACUGUGGCUACCCAAGAUGGAUCUCCUGGCUUCUCUGCAUCCACUCGCUCCAAUUCUUAUACAUGUUUGGAAACUUCUACUACGUCAGCUAUAUCAAGCCAAGUCCAAAACCAGAGACCCAGAAUGGUGGUGUCAACCAUUCUGCAGGCAAGAGUAAACUGAACUGAUCAUUUCUGGCUGAACUGAUCAGUGCUUCCAAUGAUGAAGAGGAGAUUUUGAGGAAGCUUUGUACUAGUCGUAGCUGUUUGAAGAUGGUAUUUGGCUGCGUCUGUAUUAGAUUUAUAGGUAGUAGCACAAAGUAAAGAUGUACAGUUGUGAAGGUAUAUAGGUAUAAUGACAUUUACACACGCAUGUGCAUCAACGAGCUUUUACCGGCGCUGUCAGAACUGAGUGUCGUGCAUCGAGCACAUGCGUUUGUGAGUGACAUUGUUACGAACGUUAGUGCGUAGCUUCAUAACAGUUUACAAGAGAAUAUAUUUAAACUGUGGUAGUAAUGUGCAUUUAGAACAAAUGAACUAGAGCUAGAAGUAACAAAGUAUUUCUAUGUAAAUACAUGCAGAGCAUUGUUUUCUUAAUUAAAUUUUUAAAGAAUUUAGGCUCGUUUGGUUUAAAUGCAUUCGUAAUGAUCGAUUCAACUGGUGUGUCCAUUCAUUAGGAAAGCAUAUGAGACUUGCAAAAUGUUUGAUGGAAUGCUCUGUCGUUAGUCCAUUAGGUUCCUUUAGUUGGAAGUCAUUUAUGUUAUUGUGAUCCAAGUGUGGCAUGAUUGCUUCGUAUAUUUCAGGUUUAGUUAU